CGUGCUCAUAUAUAAACAGGCCGGUCUUCUGCCCCUGACGACUCGUUGACGACGGAUCGUCGUUGUCGGAAGCUCGCGGAUUAUAUUUGCAGGUCGCGCCUAUCGAAAAUGGUCGAGCGUCGUGCUAUGAUCAGCUUCUUCCUUGUCGCCCUCGUCGCCCAGGGCUCGGCUGCUCCCACGGAUGAGUGCGACGUCCACUCCUUGGACAAUUGCGCCGCUGACCUGUUCGUGUUUGCCACCAGGAACACUGUACCGGAAACCGAAGGUGAUCUGGCAACAUUCUGCAAGGCUCAGUUGGAUGCGGAGACCUGCAGCCGCGCUUACCUCAAGAAGUGCACGAGCAGCAUCGCUCAGGGUGUGGGAAACGUCUUCCUGGAUGACAUCAAGGAGGAGAUCCAGGAUCGCUGUGACACGUCGUCCGAGUACCACAAGGAGUACAUCAAGCACGCGCCCUGCCUGAAUAAGGUGGGCUCUUCGUUCAGCACCUGCAUCAAGAACACCAUCGCUGAUCUGGACGUUGCCUCGCGGCUGCCGCCUAAACAACGGAUCGCAGGAGCUUGCUGCCAGUACAACAAGUUGGACGAGUGCGUUCGCAAGGCAGUCGAGUCCACCUGCCCGCCGGAGACGCUCCAGUUCUCGGAGAAAGUGCUGAAGCGCUACGCCGGCGAGCUUCUGGGCGCCGUGUGUACGGGAUUCCGGUCGGGCGAGAAGUGCAAGAGCAUCCAGUACGACGACCAACCCGGCGACGCCAGUCUGCGCUCCGUGCUCACGCCCCUCAUCAAAGUGGGCGCCGCUCUACAAGGCUGACUGCGCGUUACAUCUGUUCUGCGAUUA